AUGAAAGUCCAAGCCAUAAUUGGAUCUCUGGAGAUUGAUCGAAACCCAGUUACUCUUCAUAACUCCUCCCUCGUUUCGGGUGAAGACGAGCCGACCUUUCGUCAAAACACAUUCCUCAGCAACCCCGAAAUUGCGACUUCUCUCCCCUCAAAUACUACAACUUCACGCCCUAUCCUCCUCCUCUUUUACGUCAUUGUCUACAUUUCUUUGUCCCUGUUACCCGCAUUUUGUACUAAUGCGUUGCAUUUUCGUCUUCCCAUCCGUCUUCAGGCUCGCCGAGACACCAUAUUGAAUUCGCCAGACUUCAAGCCAGAUGAUACCGUCCUCGAGACACCUAGCAACGGUGCAGGUGUUCACACAAACGGUCUCCAGAUUGUGGACAGAAUAGGCGAGGACUCAUCUUCAGAGCGUGUCGGUUCAAAAAGACGAAUCGAAGGAAACAACUUCUCUAGACCUCUAAAAAGGGUCAAUUCUCCUCAUGGACCGGGUAAGUCGGACUGA